GUGAAGCAAUGGUGGUAUCAUCGUGUCAGCGCCUCCCUAUGGUUGAGUUCCUCAUCCAAUCUUCUCAUCACUUGCAAGUUAGCCCCAUUGUUAAGUACUCCGCAUUCUCCUUCUUCGCUGAUCGCUUCUUUCCUUCCUUACCUGCCUUUAUUCAAAGUGCAAAUUCCCCCAACUGGCUAUUGCAACCCGUCACAGAAAGUGCCUUGCAGCUGUUUGUUCUUAUUUCUCUAUGGAUUUCAAGCAAGGUUCAUGACUCUCAACCACUUUCCGUUACAUGUUUAAAGUCGUUGGCAGACAAAUCCAUCAAGGAACAACACUUUACAACUCGAAAUUUCCUCGAAGCUGAGGUGCUCUUCAUGCAGGUGUUGAAAUUUGAGAUUGGAACAUCAAAUAUUGCAUUUUUGUUCCUUGAAGACCUUUGGAUUCAAAUCAAAGGAGUGGCAAAAGUUGGUGAACUGAUUAACUUUGAAGCUUGCAUGGAAAUUAUGGAUCUUCUCUAUGAAAAGGAGGAGACAUCGUUUCUUUAUAGGUCUCCUCACUCCCUUGCUGCAUCAAUCUUGGUAUAUUCCUUAGGUUUUUUUUCCAAAGUACAAGUAAUAUCUCAUAUAAGCUUUUACUUUUGGAAAGUUGUAUCAUACUUUUUGCAGGUUGCGUCUUAUGUGAUGACAGUUCCUAAACAGAAAUGGGAGUUUCCGGUUCUUGCAUGGGUAAAUUUUGUGACUUCAUGUAAGGAAGAAGAUAUCAUAAAAAUGGUAACGGAGAUUCUCAAGCAUGUGCUUGAACCUUCUUGAGAUAUGAGGUAGUAUUUGCCAUUGCACGAUACUCAGCUUCUGCACUAGACCGAGCAAAAGCAGUCUUAUCUGAUGACAGUUCCUAAACAGAAAUGGGAGUUUCCGGUUCUUGCAUGGGUAAAUUUUGUGACUUCAUGUAAGGAAGAAGAUAUCAUAAAAAUGGUAACAGAGAUUCUCAAGCAUGUGCUUGAACCUUCUUGAGAUAUGAGAUCCAUCAACUACAUUGGAGAUACGAAAGAUUGUAACACCAGAUUUGGUAUUUUACAGGAGAAAACAACCCACACUGCUUCAUCAGCAACUUCAAUCGUCUGAACCACUGGUCCGUCAUUUGUAUAGCUCAUAAUCCUGUUCAACUUGAUCGGACUAAGCAUAUUGAGGUCGGCCGCCAUUUCAUCAAAGAGAAACUUGAUAGCGGGUUGAUUGUCACUCCAUACAUUCUCUCUCGGCAUCAAUUAGCUGAUAUUCUGACGAAGGGACUUCCCUCAGAUAGAUUUUAAGA